AUGAAAGAUAACAAUUUAGAAAUAACAGAAGGUGACAUAACAGAAUGUACAAAUGUCCCAACUUUGUUGAAAAAGAUUUGCUUUCAUCCCAGACAAGUUUCAGAGAAUUUAAUGAUGAGACGAAGUUUAGCUAAGAUUACCAAUUUGAUUUGCAACCCUCGGAAACAAUUACAAGACCUGGCGGAUGUUUUAAGAAAAAUUUAA